UUUUUCUUAAUAGGAGCUUUGUUUUUUGGGUUUUUAUCUAAUUUUCUCCAUAAUUAAACCUCGUCUGAAACACCUAAAGGUCAUCCGUAUCUCUGACUGCGAAAGUUUGGUCUACUUAUUCAACAAUGAGAUGCUGCACUACUUCCCGGAGCUCCUAGAGAUCUCCAUCAAACGAUGCCAGAUGAUAGAAGUUGUAAUAGAGUCACAAGAGCCAAAUGUCUACCCUGCAAUUCUUCCUAAGUUACAGGAGUUGGUAUUGGCUGAUUUGCAAGAAUUAAAAUGCAUCUAUAAUGGAGAAAUGAAGUGGAACUCUCGCGAAACAAUUUGGAACUGUCCAGCUCUAAAGAUGCCAAUGAUAACUUCUCUGCCUGCAGAACUGCUUCACAGGCCAAGUGGGAGCAAUCAACUACAAAGGAGUUAUAGCUUAGAUGGCAAGGAGACUAUACUGCUGGACCCGAUUAAUAUCAAUGCAGCAGAAGCUCCUGAAUCCGUUGGACCCAAAUUUCGUAAUGCUGCAAAGGGAUGGAGGAGGAACUAACUAUUGAAAUCAGAGCACAGCAGUAGCAGCCAUGACUACUCUUUUCAAACUCUUUUAAUUGUUGUACUAAUAAUACAGGACUGAACUCUUAGAGAGCUUUAUUUCCUGGUUGAACUUGAACUAGAGUCUUUGCUUUCCCGAAUUGGUUAUUAU